CUCUUAAGAAAUUCAACCAGUUUAGGUCCAGCAGUACUGGGCGACUGGUAUUGGCGGACCGCAUAUAUCUUGUUUUUAAUCGUAUUCCCAAGAGUUGAGGAUGAUAUCGUGAAAAUGCUGCGCUCUAAGAAGGAUGUUGACCGCCAUGUGCGGGAUAUUCUGAAUAAAGUGCGCACAGAAGAGGAGCGUAAAGUACGAGGAUACAACAUAGCUCGUAUGUACUACAAUGUUGGAGAAUAUGAAAGUGCACGUCGUUACCUGUCAGAGUUUCUUUCAGUGCGCCCAAAGGCCAAUGAUGCACAUCGCCUACUGGGACAGAUUUUUGAAUCAUUAAUCCUGAAAGAAAAAGCUGUUCAAGCCUACAAAACUGCGUAUGAAUUAGGGGAGGGCCAAAGGGAUCUUGUUUUAAAAAUUUGUGAAUUGUACUGUGAUGUUCCUUGUGAUGCUUCAGUUCGUUUAUACUGGGCUGAUGAAGGGGAUCGUCUUUUCCCACAUCAUGAGAAUGUUAUCAGAUUGCGUGAAGCCAUCAUUAGUACAAGCACUAGUUCCCGUGAAGAGCUGGAGAAGCUCUAUUUUGAUGAAAUUAAGGCUAAUCCUUUAAGAGUCAAGUUAUAUACAAGCCUGUUACAGUUAUACAAAGACUGGAAAGGCAAAGAAAAGGAGGCCUAUAAAUACGGAUUCCAGAUUGAAGCUAGAAAAGCAUUUCCUGAUUCCUUAGAAUGGUAUCAAGCCCUUUCUGAUUCUAGUGAGGUAUAUCGAAACAUAGCUGAUGUUGAUGAUGAUGUUGAAUUCCAUCGUAACUAUUUGUCAGUGUUGGAGCGUCUUGUGUAUCUCACAUUGGCUUCUAGCAGCAGUACUGCACUUCUAUCACAGUGUACACACAUGGAUGCAUCAACACUAUUACACAAGUUUGAUCAGGCAUUAAUGACCUCACUGAAAAUAGUUGGUGAAGAUCAGGUCUUUGGGAAAUUAAUGGUUGGACAGCUUUAUAUGCACAUGGCUAGUGUCUUGUUACAUAGCUCAAAGAAGGAGAGUCUGUUACAGACCAACACAAGUGCGGGUGCUCUUCUGUUUCAUGCUUGUCGUUUCCGACCAUCUGAAGGUGGCCACCCAUCCAAAUCUCAGACUUCUCAAGAACAGUUUUGGUAUAAAUUAGCUUGUCACAGAUUGUCGCAGGCUUAUCAUGUCUUGCAUCACAUGGCCAAAACAGAAGGAGAGAAAUCGCAGUUCCUAGAGACUAUAAAGCAGAAAAUUAGCAACACAGAAGCUCAGGCAAACAUCUUCACAACAAUAUUUGGCAGUUCUUACAGUAAUACCAUGGAGAGCAGCUUCUUCAUGAAUGAUGACAAAUUUUACACCGCUGUGUUAGCAUACCCUGAACCUGAGCAAGUUAAAAAGUGGGAUUCUGUGGUGGGGAGUAUGUACUGCUCAAGUUUGAGAGAUAUGGUAUGGUUGUGUAUGCAGCAAGCGCCAAGUAACCUUAAGGAACCACAGCCUUACUAUUCCUUUGCGCUCUUCGAAGGCCUUCAGUUUUCAUCAAAUAAGAUUAAUACAGGGGCUGCAGAAACACUAUGCCAUCUUGAUCUCUUAGCAUUUUUGGUGGCUACAGUCUUUUGUCAGAAAGCAGCUUCAAAAGAUGCCCAUGUUACUGUAUAUACUCGAGUAACGUGUGAUCUCGCAUAUCAUGCGACCCCAAAAUUUUCACCAAUAAACAGUGGUUUUGUCAUGUAUCUCAUGUAUCAUGCGAGUUCUUUUCUGAGUCCAGAACAUACAAAGAAUAUGGGGUCAUGGAAAGAACUGGAGAGUCGUAUUGAAAAGGGGCAAACAAUUGACAAAGUUGAGCUGGCACUAAUAAACAAUGAACAACGUAGGUGGCGAGAGGUACUUACCAGCAAAGAGCUAUUCAGAUGCAAGGUGGUCGACCCUAAAAAACAUGUGGACACAACUUUGAAAUCCUGGGCAGACACACGGUGGGAGAGUCGAAUCAACAGUGUUGAGGUUGUAAGAUUCCAGGCUGCAAAAGUGAGAGAUGCUCUUUUAGAGGUGAGAGGAAGCACUGCAGAUCCAGCUAUUAAAAUUGAAGCACAAGCCUUAGCAGAAGAGGUGGGAUCAUACCGGUUCUCUAUUUGUACGGUGGUGUGGUAUGAUAUCCUUAAGAAAGUUCAAACUGUGAAUAAACUUCUGCAAUCACAAUGCAUGCAACUGGAUGUAGCUGUUGACUUUCUCAAGAAGGCUGAAACCUCCAUUGUUAGCUACAGAGACACUGGGUUUGCUGAUGCCCAGACAUCUGCCAAAGAGAUAUGUGAGGAGAUGAACGUGGAAGCUGCUCUAAAGCAGAAAAGACUCAGAACUACUAAAACAGGCAGUUUUCCUAUGAGGCCCUGA